AUGUGGUUCAUCGUGGCUCCUGCCAGGGCAGCGGUGCUGUUUGCGACCAAGGAACUGAUAAUUCCCACGCACUGUGCCCACUCUCACUCAGGCAGACCCUCUCUUCUUAGCGAUGGAGAAGAAGGCUGCUUUACUUGCUCUACUCUGCCUGCUCUCCUUCUCCCCUCGCCGGUCAACACAUGCGUGCGUGCCGCGCUCACCCAGCAGCACCCCAAACAUCCCACGCGCGUCGACCGGGCCCCCAAGAACCGCAUCCCCGCCUACCUCGGCCUCGGCGCGGCCGCCAUAGUCGGCUACUACCUCUACACCGCGGGCGGCGAUCCCAAUGUUGCCAAGAAGGAGAUGAAGCACGACGCCGCCUCCGCCUCAACCACAGUCCGCGACCAGCUCCCCGGCCGCGGCAAAGAGGCCAAGGCCUCCGUCGAAGAGGCUUUCGCCCGCGUCGGCAGCGAAGUAGACUCCACCAACCGCAUAGCGCAGGGCCAAAAGGUGCUCGAAGAGACCAAGGACCGCGCCGGCAGCAAGAUCAUGAACGCCGUCGACCAGGCCGACCUCAAGCUCGAGGAGGAGGCCGCAAAGGCCAAGAAAAGCGUCGGCGGCUGGUUCGGGGGAAGUAGACCGGCGGGUGCCGGGACUUCCUUUUCUUUUGUCCUGGCGAGGCUGAGGUCGUGGGAUGUUAUUGGCACGGCGCUGGGCGAGGAUGAAGAUUGGGAGGAUUGA